ACGCUCUACGAUGUAGAAAGAAGGAGAAGAAGAAGAUUCCCAUGGUUACGGUACAUUCGCGCAUGUCAGUUUCCAGACGAUAAACAAAAUUGCAUGACCAAAUAGCUCCAGCAUUCUGGUAGUCUUCUUAAAAAGUCACAUACAGGUGUGACUAUGGGGAAGUCUUUUUCCCACCUCAUGAAGCAGUCAGGCCAUGAUGAAGGUCAGGACAACCUGACAUCUCCUCUGGAGGACAACCAGUCUGAGAAUGGCAAGGGUGGUGAUGUCUCUCAGUUUCCUUAUGUGGAGUUCACGGGGCGGGACAGUGUGACAUGUCCUACGUGUCAGGGCACUGGGAGAAUCCCCAGAGGACAGGAAAAUCAACUAGUGGCAUUGAUUCCCUACAGUGACCAAAGGCUGCGGCCCAGAAGGACAAAGUUGUAUGUCACAGCAUCAGUGGUGGUUUGCCUGUUACUGUCCAGUCUGGCUGUGUUCUUCCUCUUCCCUCGUUCCAUUGAUGUGUCCUAUGUUGGGGUGAAGUCUGUUUUCGUCAGCUAUGACCAAGAAAAGCGCAGUGUGUAUCUCAACAUCACGAACACUCUCAACAUCACCAACAACAACUACUACUCGGUGGAGGUUGCCAACAUCACGGCUCAGGUACAGUUUGCCAAGACGGUGAUUGGUAAAUCUCGCAUCAGUAACAUCACUGCCAUCAGUCCUCUGGACAUGAAACAGAUUGAUUAUAUGGUCCCUACCACCAUCGCAGAUGAGAUGAGCUACAUGUACGAUUACUGCACUCUGCAAACCAUCAAGGUCCACAACAUUGUCGUCAUGAUGCAAGUGACUGUCACCACAGCAUACUUUGGUCAUGUGGAGCAGGUGUCUCAGGAGAUGUACCAGUAUGUGGACUGUGGAGGAAACACUACAUCCAUUAGAAGCAUGAGCCAGCCGUUCAGCAUCCCACGUCUUGCCGUGUGACCACACCACUGUCCUCUGCACUGGAUCCCUCUCGGGCCCUGAAAGCUAGCCUUGAUAGUUCACUGUGUUUUCCUCCAGCUGCAGUAUCUAACAAAUUAUUGUUGUCACGAUGCCAUGGUGUUAACUUUAAUACUUAAACAAGAAAAAAUCCAAACUAAGAUAGGAUAAUGAUGUUUCUCAUGCAGCAAAGGAAAAACAAAUGGAAGUGUUUUCUUGCAGUUCUGACUUUUCAUGUCACUAUUUUAAGAUGUCAUUUAAACUCUGCGUCAUUACAAUACAUCUCCUAAUUAAUAGAGCCUUACCUCAUAAUUUCAAGAGAACUAAUUAUUUUGACAUGUGGAUUUUAUACAUAAUGUUUUUCUUUUUUCUGCCUGGCGAGUGUUAUGUGCACCUGUACAUACUCGCCAAACUACUCAGGUGUCCCAAGGUGUUGAGUUUUAACAUCUAGCCCUACCUUCAGUAUAAGAAAGAGUGAUCCUAACUUUAAUAUUCCACUUACGUUCUCUUGCCACUUCAGCUCCCCUCUUCGACGGCGUCCCUCUUUCUCAGUUCCAUAAUAAAACUUUCUUGGACAGUCCUGAGAUAGUAACACAUUUUGUUCCUGAUAAUUAAUAAUUAAUUAAUUAAUCAGAAUAGGCCUCUAACUUGAUAGUUAUUCUCUAGUAAUGGUCUUUAAAAAGCAAAUUAGUAGCAUGAUAUCUCAAGAUUUAAGCCAAGUUGUCAUGAUUGGCACAAUCACUUCCUUUUUCAAAUGAUAAAAUGAUCAUUUCUGUCAUUUAGUACUGGACUGGGUUUUUAUGCAACAGCGGUCAAGUACUAUGACAUCAGAUAUCAUGACAUCACUGACAUUGUUAGACUGCACUCUUGUAGUUCAUUCUGUUUAAAUACACCAUCUAUGAUAUCUGAUUGACCAGUUGUACAAUGUAAGUUAGAAGAAUGAGCAAAAAUAACCCUAAUAACUGUAGAUUUGAAAAACUUGAUUAUUCUUUAACCCACAAUGCAAAUUGUCUAUUUAUCUGUUUAUUUAUAGUUCCAGAUUCUCUAGAGAGAAAUUCUAUUCCUGCACCAGUGUGUUGCGCUGUAUGAAGGAGAAAGUAGUGUUAUAUGAUUAGAACAUUCCCUGUGUGCUAUAUAUGAUUCUGAGAUAAGUUCACAUUGUUAGGCUCACUUAUCUAGUAUUUGGUUGUUGGAUGCUGAGUAUAUUUUUAUUCCAUUAUUUCAUUGCUGUCAUUUAUCCCUGUCACUUUGUAAUUAACUGUAAUUAACUUCCCUUUUCAUUCAAGUUAUGAAAAUUAUAAGGUGCGUCACUGCGCUAUUUACUGUGUAUUCAUUGUCUCAGUUUCUAAGACACAUUAGGGAAAUCCACUUUUUUAUCUUUUUACCCAGAUCCAACAUUGAUGAUUUAUCUGCUGUUUGCUAUUUAUAGAGUUAUGACUCAGACACAACAGCAUUUCAUACUUCAAUAGUGUGAAGCAGAAUCAUCUUUUGCAUUGAAGUCAACUUUGAUGAACUGUGGUGAACUUAUUUUGACUGUCAUUAGACACUAGCAAAUUACUUUAAGAAGGCUGUGAAAUGCGGAACCAGGGAGUCCAAAUCAGACGAACCAGAGAAAUAUUUCAGUGUUUUGCUGGGAAAUCUUAGGUCUUGUCACGGAUGUGGAUGUCAUUUUGGCACGACCCACCCCCUGUAUGUUGUUGUAUACCCUUCAUGACCCAGACAGCUGAGCUGUCCAUCAGUACAACAUUGCACCCUUAACAUAUUGCAAGAAUUGCUCAGGAACUGUUCAAGGAACAUGAAGUGCCAAGAUAUUGACCUAGCCUCCAAACUCCCCUGAUCUCAAUCUGAUCAAACAUCCAAGGAGUGUGCUGGAACGACAACGGUCUAUAAUGGUUCGACCCACAGAAAUGUAUGCUACUAACAUCACUGUGGCAGACAUCACAGGACACCCUUAGAGGUCUGGUGUUCAUGGUUUGACAGGUCACAGCUGUUUGUGUGGCACAAGAGGAAUCCACACAAUAUUAGGCUAGAUUUCUCAAUAUUGUGGCUGAGGUGUAAAUGCUGCAUAGGGUGUAGAAAUUCAAUAUGAAGGCACAACUAGCAGACAGCAAAUGCAGUAUAGUGAGACAGGGAGCAAGGAGUUUAACACUUGAGAGGGGAGGGAGGCUAACAGUUUCCAUAUACUUCCAGUAUUUGUACAAACACAGAGCAUCUCUGUGCUGGCCUCAGAGAUUAUACUGAUACUAAGAUCCUCAUGUAUUUCUGAAACAAAAUGGAAAAUGAGCAUAUUUAAUUCCAUGCUGGACAGAAGCGAGGCUGUAACUAAGAAAGUCUAUCCUGCUGAUACAUCCUAUGAUUUUACGAAUACUAUCGAGUUUAUUACAUGUCAGGUUGAUAAUUGUGUACCUUAAUCACUACCACAUUCUUACCUAUGUUAGUUUCCUCCAAGAAAUGGUGUUCCUAUUUUUCUACUGUAUAUAAAAUAAUGACUACUAUGAAGUAAUACUAUGUGCAACCUUUGUCCUAAUUUAUUUCUUAGAUGAUAUUCUAAAGAGGUGUCUAUUUUUUCAUCUUCAAAAGUAAUUUUGAAUUUGAAAAACAUCUCAUGUAUUUCCAGUUUGGCAUGAUUUCUGUUAACAUAGAACUAAAAUAUAUUUUUCCAUCAUAUAAAUACCUUAGAAUUGUGUGUAUGAGGUCUUGAGCAAGCCUCGAUAGAAUGGGAAGAUAGAUUGGAACUGUAACAUCUGUACUAAGUGAGAUCUAAGGAAAAGCACAAUUGUUACUUCCGUUUAUAGCUCUCCCAACUGGCAGUUAUUGUGUGUUGGUUAGCAGUCAGACAUUUAACUUUUCAAUGCUAUUUUAGAGUCCUGCUUGUGUCUUUCCCCUCAUCUUACCUCUUUUGUCACUUUAAGCAUUUUGUUGGUCUUUAUUUCUACUGGCAUAGUGACUGUUGUGGGAGCAUGAAUAAAGUUUUAAAACCUGAACAUCUAA